GGGGGCGCGCGCGGGGGCCGCGCGGCACCACGUGACGACAGCACGUAAGCAGACGCGAGGCUCCGCCCCCUCCGCAGGGCGAGCUGCUCAGUCUGGAACAAAGUCGUUGGGUCGCACCGACAUGAGCGAAGAUGAAUGAGGACGCGUUCGAGGUCCUGGAGAGGGCGGAGUACCGCUACCUGGUGCAGGAGGAGGAGGAGGAGGAGGAGGAGGCGCAGUACGUCCGGCACAGACACUACAUCAGCCCCCUGCUGGUGCUCUCCAGGCGCUGCGUCCUGCUCAUCGGCCUGGGCGUGGCCGCCCUGCUCUCGCUCGCCGCCUACCUGGGCUUCGUGGCCCAGACGCUGCCGCCGGGCGUCGCCCAGGUGACCACGGACUGCGGCCAGUUCCGGGGGAGACACAAAAAUGGAGCCUACUCCUUUAAGGGCGUCCCCUACGCCGCUCCGCCCGUGGGCGACCUGCGCUGGGCGCCUCCGGCCGAGCCCGCGUGCCGGGCCGGCGUGACGGACGCCGGACGCUUCCGCGCCGUUUGUCCUCAGGUGCGCCCGCGGUCCGGCCGGGUGGCGGGCCAGGAGGACUGCCUCUUCCUCAACGUGUGGACGCCCACGCUGGCGCCCGGCGCCGGGCUGCCCGUGGUGCUGUGGAUCCACGGGGGGCGUUUGCACGCGCUCAGUGGGGGGGAGCCGGGAUACUCCCCCACGGAGCAGCUCGCCGCCGACACCCAGGUCGUCUACGUCAGCCUCAACUACCGACUCAACGCCUUCGGCUUCUUGGCUCUGGAGAUCCUGAGAGAAGGUUCCCCAAAGAACACCUCAGGGAACUACGGCUUCAUGGACCAGAUCGCUGCUCUGAAGUGGGUCCAGAGGAACAUCCACGCGUUCGGAGGAGACCCAGAGAGAGUCUCCAUAUGGGGGCAGAGCUCUGGCGGGACCUCGGUUUGGACCCUGAUGACGUCGCCGCUGGCGAAGGGUCUGUUCCACGCGGCGGUGGACAUGAGCGGCUCGUCCGUCCUCAAUGCGUCUCUGGAGCGGGCCGAGGACGACAACCUGGUGUUCCUGAAGAGGACGGGCUGCAGGGACCGGACCUGCCUCCGGCACCUGUCCGUCAAACAAGUCCUGCAGCACGCCGUCCCGUGGCAGGACUACCCGUCCUGGGCCCCAGAGGACUGGAUGGAUCUCCCCACCAGGGGGCGCUUCGCCGGCCCGGUGGCCGUGGUGGACGGUUACGUGCUGGAGGCUCCGCCCUUCGAAGUGUGGGAGAAGGGAGGAGGCCACAGCGACGUCCCCUUUGUCGUCGGGACAACGGAGCAGGAGGUCGACUUCAGCCCAGCGGCAGCCAACAUCUCCAUGUGGACCUGGGGGGACUACCAGUGGUUUGUAACAGAGAAGCUCCAGGCUUUCAGCGCUAAUCUCCCCAGAGAAGCGUUGGCGCUUUAUCCGAGCUCCGCCCCCUGCCCCACCGCGGACCGCUGUCCGGAGAGGGCCUACACCACCAUGGGGUCCGACAUCCGGGCCACCUGCCCCAGCAACGAGCUGGCCCGGGGGGCCGCAGCGGCCCUCCUCAGCCCCGUGUACCGCUACGUGGUGACCCACACGCCCUCGGCGCCGGUGGACGAGUCCUCCGACCUGAUGCCGUUCGCCAGCCGCUUCUCCUUCCACCGCCUGGACGCCCUGGCGCUCUUCGGCGGGCUGGAGGCGGUUCUGGGGAGACCCCCCUCCGAUCGGGACCGGAGCUUCAGGGACCUCCUCACGCGCCACCUGGUCCACUUUGCCAGAACAGGUAAGAUGAAGGAGGAGUGGCCAGAAUACCCAGCAGCCACUGCUCUCCUGUCCGACCAGCUGACCGCUGUCCACAACUACUCGUGGGCUCGCUGUCGGCUGUGGAAGGAGAGCGGCAUGUCUGCGUACGCGUGGUCCACCUGACCACCAGAUCACCCGACCACCAAACCACCCGACCACCUGAUCAUCAGACCACCUGACCACCAGACCACCUGAUCACCAGACCACCUGAUCACCUGA